UCGGGUGCUGGCGCGUGGGGGCCGGGCCGGCGCGGUGCCUUCCGCCCUUCUGCAGCCAUCUGCAUAUUUUUCUUUUCUCUCUUCCUUUUUCGCGAUUUUGAACAUUUUGCAGGACGAGGGGUUCGAGGCAGGUGAGAGCAUCCUGCCAGUCGCCGAGGAGCCCCCGGGCACUUGGCGCGCUCUCGGGGGACCGUCAGCGCCGGGAACCCGAAAGUUUUUUGUUUUUAUUUUCUGAUGCAGAUGUAUUUAUAAUAUAGACAGAAGUAUUUUUUUUUUCUUGUCUCCACCGCCUUGAAAGCGAGUACUUUUGGCAAAGGACGGAGGGGAAAAAAAAAAAAAAAGCUCAGCAACAUUUUGGGGUGGGGGGGCGGUUGGGUUUUCUUGUUCUUUUUUUUUUUUUUUAAAGAAAAAAAUCUUGAGUGCAUCGCGAUGGAGAAAAUGUCCCGACCGCUCCCCCUGAACCCCACCUUUAUUCCGCCUCCCUACGGCGUGCUCAGGUCCUUGUUGGAGAACCCGCUGAAGCUCCCCCUUCAUCACGAAGACGCAUUUAGUAAAGAUAAAGACAAGGAAAAGAAGCUGGAUGAUGACGGUAAUAGCCCGACGGUCCCCCAGUCGGCGUUCCUGGGACCCACCUUAUGGGACAAAACCCUUCCCUAUGACGGAGAUACUUUCCAGUUGGAAUACAUGGACCUGGAGGAGUUUUUGUCAGAAAAUGGCAUUCCCCCCAGCCCAUCCCAGCAUGACCACAGUCCUCACCCUCCUGGGCUGCAGCCAGCUUCCUCCUCGGCCCCCUCAGUCAUGGACCUCAGCAGUCGGGCCUCUGCACCCAUUCACCCUGGCAUCCCGUCCCCGAACUGUAUGCAGAGCCCCAUCAGACCAGGUCAGCUGUUGCCAGCAAACCGCAAUACACCGAGUCCCAUCGAUCCUGACACCAUCCAGGUCCCGGUGGGUUACGAGCCAGACCCAGCAGAUCUGGCCCUCUCCAGCAUCCCUGGCCAGGAAAUGUUUGACCCUCGCAAACGCAAGUUCUCUGAGGAAGAACUGAAGCCACAGCCCAUGAUUAAGAAAGCGCGCAAAGUCUUCAUCCCCGAUGAUCUGAAGGACGACAAGUACUGGGCCCGGCGCAGGAAGAACAACAUGGCAGCCAAGCGCUCCCGCGACGCCCGGCGGCUGAAGGAGAACCAGAUCGCAAUCCGGGCGUCCUUCCUGGAGAAGGAGAACUCGGCCCUGCGCCAGGAGGUGGCUGACUUGCGGAAGGAGCUGGGCAAAUGCAAGAACAUCCUUGCCAAGUACGAGGCCAGGCACGGGCCCCUGUAGGGCGGCGGGUCCUGUGGGCCGGCUCUCAACGGAGGGACCGAGUGUUUCCCGCCCGACAGCACGUGGCCCGGACCAACCUCUCUGCCAUCAGCACUUUACCGGAGGCCUCGACCCGGACCGCGCUCUGGGCGCACCUGCCCCGUGCGGCCCGGGCGCACCUGCCCUUGCACCUGCCGCCUCAGGCAGCCCUCUCGUCGUCUCUCAGUUCCGAAAAGGAAAGGUGCCGUGUUUCUACCGGACUGCGGAGGCCCGCACCCCCAGCCCGCGGGGGCCCCGCCGCCCCCUCCCGUCCCCUCCUGCCCCCAGGACGCCUCUGCAGGGCAUCACCCCGCGGGGCCCCGGUGGGCUCUCACCUGUCCAGACUACGAGCUCUCGUUUCUGUUUAAUCCGUAAGUGACCAUGCUGAUAAGGUGCACAGAAAUCACUUAGCACUACACUGCAGCUCUCGCUCUCUCUCUCUCCUCUCUCUCUCUCUCUCUCUCUCUCUCUCUCUCUCUCUCUCUCGGUUAUAGGUUGCUUUCCUCCUAUUUUCCGUUUUGGUGAUAACUGUCUUCAAAUUUAAAGUGCUGUUUAGAUUUAUUAGAUUCCCAUAUUUACUUACUGCUAUCUACUAAGUUUCCUUUUAAUUCUACCAACCCCAGAUAAGUAAGAGUACUCUUCUAGAACACAGAGUGUGUUUUUGCACCGUCUGUACCUAAAGCAAUAAUCCUAUCGUACGCUAGAGCAUGCUGCCUGAGUAUUACUAGUGGACAUAGGAUAUGUUCCCUACCUAAGAAUUUCACUGUCUUUUAAAACACAAAAAUUGCAGUAAUGCAUUUGAGCAUGCCCAGAACAUCCCCAGGACAGGGAAGCAGAGGGAAAUGCCAGGUGUCAGAACGAGGGGUUAAUUUAUCAGUGUAGGAGCCAAAAUAAAUUGCAUCUUGGAACAGCUUUUGACAUUGAUAUGUCUGGUUUUGUUUUCUCCCGUCCCUCACCCUCCCACUUUUCUAGAUACCUUUUUCCAUACCCUCUUGAUAUUCAAAACAAUUACUUAAGAUUCAGUUUUCCCCAUUUUUUUGGUAAUAUAUAUAUUUUUUGUGAAUUACACCUUGCUGUUUUUAAAAAUCAGUUAAUUAAGUUAAUGAGUUGAUGUUUUGUAAGACCCUUUUCCCUAGUGGUGUCUUUUUUGAAUGCUUCAUAAAUUAAUGGUUCUGGAGCUUAUGUUUCUAAUUUUCUGUUUGCUUUUUGAACGUAUGUGCUCUUAUAAAGUGGACUUCUGAAAAAUGAAUGUAAAAGACACUGGUGUAUCUCAGAAGAGGAUGGUGUUGUCACAAACUGUGGUUAAUCCAAUCAAUUUAAAUGUUUACUAUAGACCAAAAGGAGAGAUUAUUAAAUUGUUUAAUGUUUAUACAGAGUAAUUAUAGGAAGUUCUUUUUUGUACAGUAUUUUUCAGAUAUAAAUACUGACAAUGUAUUUUGGAAGACAUAUAUUAUAUAUAGCAAAGAGAAAAGGAAAACUAUUCCAUGUUUUAAAAUUCUAUAGCAAAGAUAUAUAUUCAUCAAUGUUGUACAGAGAAGAAGCACUUGGGGGUUUUUGAAGUCUUCAAUAUUUUAAGCCUAUCACUGAUACAUCAGCAUGUUUUUUGCUUUAAAUUAAAAUUUUAUGACAGUAUCGAAGCUUGGUGUGACGAAUCCUGCUCUAAAAUAUAUAAGGAGCUUUCUUGUUUCCUAUUAGGUCUCGGAGAGAAGUCAGUUAACGUCACCCAAAAGCACAAAGUGGAUGUUAGUCAAAUAUUUAUUGGAUGAUACAGUGUUUUUUUAGGAAAAGCAUCUGCCACGAAAAUGUUCACUUCAAAGUUAUGAGUUCCUGGAAUGAAAUAAUCACUGCAAGCACCCCCAGACAAUUCUGUUCUCCUCUGUGGGCACGUGCGUCUAAUGCAAUAUAAGGUUGAUAUUGGUGUUAUGUGUAUGGCUUAUAAUUUGAUAGAUGUUUUGACUUUAAAGAUGAUUGUUCUUUUGUUUCACAACGUUGUGUAAUGUCAAGAGAUUCUGCUGUUAUUGCAAAGAAACAUUUUGUGCUAGAUUAAAACACCCUUUCAUCAGUGGGAUUUUCUACUCUCCUGCCUCCAGAGUAUCUAAUUAUUUAAUGACCUGGUGGUUUCCUGGUCAGUCCACCGGCAAAGCUUCUGUUAUAGGGUCAUAGUCUUGGUAAUCCUGACCAGUAGGAUAUUCCUACUUAGAAAUCCCUUUUGUUCCGAGCUACAGAUUAUGGUGGGAAAUGGGAGAGCAUUGGAAUCAAAAUGCAUGGUUCAGGUAUACGACCAGUAAAAUAAAUAAAACCUUUGGCCAAGUUCCGAAGCAGAACUGAAUAAGUGAUAUUAAGUAAGAGACACGGGUGGACAUGCAAAGUUGGCUUUUUUAUAGGUAAAGAGACCAAUGGCAGCAGAAUUAUUAAGUGGCAGUAGUUACUAAAACAAAGACAAGCAGCAUCUUUAAGUGGAGAAGUGAGGCACCAUGGACCAUCCAAGUUCACUACAGGAUGAAAUGGUAGCUGAAAAACCGAAUUUGAGCCCUGGUCUUUCUUGGAAUUAGGCUGUUUGUGUCAAAUGAGGAUCGCAAAUGUUCUCUGCAGAAGAAAUAAAAAGAUUAUAAUGAAACGUAUUCUUCGGUGUGCCAGGAGAGGUUUCAGAAAACCUACCUCGUCUUAAAAUGUAAAAACUUUGGAGUCUGUAUGCGUGCCUUCUAUGUAGGUCAUUGUCACCACACACACAUGAACACUCAUUCCUGGACUCACUGCUUUCUGUCUAGGGCAAUUAACUAGUAAAUAAGGCAAUUCUGCUAAAUGGCGUGGGAAGUCAUGGCCCGAUCUGGAAUGACUUGGAUCAACCAGGGUCAAAUGAGUCCUGCAGACUGCAGCUAUUAAAAGUCCUGUUGUCAUUUUUCACCUUUUCAUCAUAAGCAUCUUUGGGAGAUUAAUUACUUGGCCAUUAAAAAUGAAUCCAAAUCAUAUCAUGCCAACAUCAUUUAGACACAAUUUGGAAUGAGCGGCCUAGGACUUCCUGACAAGGUCACGCUAUCGUUUCUGUGGACGAGACUUGCAGAGGAAGGCAACAGCUGAUCAGCCUGUCCUGCUGCCCGUGCCACUGGAGGCUGUAGGGAGGGGUGGGAGGGCUGUAAAUGAUCAUAUCCUCCUUUUGAGAAAGUGCCCACCUUCUGACCAUUCAAAACACCCAAUGGGCAAGACUGUGAUGGGCCUUUCAUCUUCCAAUGUGACAGGCCUGUGUGAAGCCAUCUCUCAAAGCAGAACAACUGGUUGAGGACAGCACGGAUGGGAUCUGGCAUUGGGUGGGUAGGAUUCUAUUACUAGAUAACCCACAGUUUCCUUCCGACUCACUGGCUUUGUGAGGGAACACACAAUAAUUCUAAAUGUGCAUAUGGAAGGUCCUCUGAUUUUGGAAGAGUCAAAAAGAAUUUUAGGUGGAGCCUCUCUCUUUCACCCACCCUGAGUAAAACAACAGGCAUUUUGUAACAUGCAGUUAUGCUUGGUUUUGGGUUUUGUUUUUUGUUUUUGUUUUUGUUUUUUGUAGUUUCUCUAGUUUCCCCCCAAUGUUCCUUUUAGGAAAACUCACACUUUAGCAGAAUUAACCAGAGCAAUCCCAAGGCAGGCUGGCUUGGCCUCUUUGCGGGUGUGGCAUGCAGAGGCUGGGAUUUAACCCAGGGCCAGCAAGCUGCAGGUGAUAGGAAACUAUGUGGUAGAUUUCUUCUGUUCUCAGGGCGCCAGCUUCCUGCUGAGGGUUCCUGGGCCUCACUGGAGAGGCCAUGGUCUCCUCUUAGCUUUCUCUAUAAUUAAUAAUGUCAUUCUAAAAAUGAGCAAAGCCUUAUCUUAGAUCUUGGUUGAAUUGGACUUGCCAACUGAAGUCAGUACAUUUUGCAGAGGGCCAGGUGUGGGUAGAGGAGUGCAUGCGUGUGUGUGUGUGUGUGUGUGUGUGUGUGUGUGUGUGUGAAUAUUUAAGUCUAAUCGUAACAUCUUUAAUUCUGGAGCACCUUACCAAACGUAACAAUAACCAUAACCAUUAUCCUUUUGGCAACACCACAAAGGUUGCAUCUGUUAAACAGGUACAAACUAAUGUGAGGUCAGUUUAAUUGUACACCAAGAUAUUGGUGGUGUUUAUGCUGUUAAGUCCAAACCUUUAUCUGUCUGUUAUUCUUAAUGCUUAAUAAACUUUGAAUUUUUUCCUUUC